AUGCGAUUAAUCUUAAUAAUGAUGCUUGUACCAGCACUAAUCAGUGCUCAACGUAAUGGAGGGGAGGGUGGUCAGCGAGGACAUGGUCAACCGAAUAAUGAUCGAAAUGGAGGCUUGGGUGUUGGUCAUAGAAGAUCUCGAUGUGACGAUUUGAUUGAUCAAACGUUUCAAAUUAAAAUAGACUUUACCAAUGCCUCUGUCUACGAAUUACUUCUAUUUAAUGAAGGUGGCACAGUUGAUAUAAUUGACAAUACACAAGAAGUUGUCGCUAUAGCAUCGGGAUUCCCAAGUCAAGGAUUCACAUCUGGACUUGGAAGAUGGAUAUGUGUUGGAAGAAAUCGAAUUGAAAUCCGCUCUGCUGGUUAUAAUUAUGCCAAUGCCGGCAGUAAUGCUCCAAGCACACUAUUCUUCAAUAAGUAUUUUUUAGACUUCGAUGAUCAUUGGGAACAUGUGCACGGAAUAACGAAAGCCGCCAAUUAUCUACUCGGUGCUUAUCCACUGGAUCGCAACGCACAGCCAAUACCUAGUCAAGUAACUCAAUCAACCAAUCUUGAAGGUCGGCGAUUUCGGUAUUUUUAG